UCGGUCGAUUCUAAGGACAUUGUCCAGUCUCUGAACUCCCCCGCGAAAUGGUCAGUAAUGUCGCGACCGUACUCGACGAACGACUACGACGUUUUCCUUCCGAGAUCUUCCGCGACCAGCAGGACCGCCGAUUUGGCGCGAGUUUCGCACAGGAAACUACGCUUGAAAGGCAAAACGCGUCACGUAAUUUUGUUUGCCUUCGAUCGAUUCACAAUGUUCGCCGCGCAAUCAAACGUCUGAAGAAAUUAGAAGGAUGCCAGCCGGUAUUUCGGCUUUGGCGCCGUCGACGGACGCGGGAUCUUUCAAUCAUGAGACGAAGGAUCCGCCGGCCUUCACGAUCCUGCAAAAGGAUGGCCUGGACUCGAGUUUGCCGCUCCUACACAUCAACGAGGACGACGGAAUGAACGCGCCGCGGCUCACCAAUCUCAAGAACAUGAAAAAUACGAUGAGGAAUGACCUCUACAACCGUAGACGGAUCAGCAAAUCCAACGAACAUCUGGUCUUGGCUAGUCUACAAUCGAAUCAAGCCAAUCCUUUGAAGAGCAGAAACCACAGCAAGAGUCAGGAUAGUUUAAACGAAGAAAGACCGCCUAUUAAGGCCAGCAUCAUUCUAUCCACGGAGGACUUCAACGAAGUACUCAAUGCAAAAUUGAAAAAGAUACAGGAGCAAGCCGAGGCCGAACAAGGGCGCAGAUCGCCCAAGAAAUCGAUUCUGCUACAGAGAAAGCCGUUUAUCACGACCGUAAAAACAGGAGAAUUUUUGAUGCCUCCGCCGGAAGUGGCGGCUCUACUCGGUAUCGCGUCCAACGGAAACGACGAAGAGGUAACAGACGGAUGCCCGCUUAAGAGCAGGUUCAAACCACUGGUGUCGUUAACCAAGAGACCGGAAGUACGUCACAGUAGUCAUAAUGCCAGAUGUCCGGCCGCCCUCAAGGCUACCGUGGACUUCUCCCUUGGCAUGAUGAACGCCACUACCAUCGCCACGGCCUCGACCUUAGACGAACGAGCAAGAAGAUUCAAGAGGAGUGAACCGCCCAGAUUCCCGCAGACGCCGCGAGCUUUACCAAAAAAGUUGGCACCGAUCGAGGGCAUGAUGAAUAUGCUGCCGAGACUCCGCGGCGAACAAUCGGUUCCUUUCGGGAACAUCAUGUUUGAUCGUCGCGUGGCUCGCGGAAGUACAUUCGCUCCCAUUCCUGCUCUAAUCGAUGGGGAACAAUCGAUAGCAGCGAGGCAAGCGGAAGCGAGACGAAGACACUUGGCGAGGAAACGUGCUCAGAUGCAAGCUUGCAGAGCGCUCGUUGCGAGGACGGGUUCACCUCCUCCGGUUCCUGGGAGAAAGCACGAACCAGUGCAAACCGAAAUCUUUCUCGAGGAGCUGGCCGAAAAGCCGGACGAAUCCGAAGUAGCCACGCAAACUGAUUACUUUUUGGAGAAACCGGAACCACCAAGUUAUUAUCCUGGCAAGAUUGGCCAAGACGCUUGCACUCAAAUCGAACCCGGAGAACUCUUCGAUUAUGACACUGAAGUUCAACCGAUUCUCGAGGUGUUAGUAGGCAAGACUAUCGAGCAAUCCCUGAUCGAAGUUUUAGAAGAAGAGGAAAUUGCUACUCUCAAGGAACAGCAGAGAAGAUUCCAGGAACUACGCGCUGCUGAGAAAGCUGAAGAGCAACGAUUAGCGGAAGAGGAGAGGAGACGUAGAGAAGAGAAGGAUCGACGCCUGAAACAACACGAAGAAGCGAUGAAGACUCAACAGGAAACCGAGGAACGAGUCGCGGCGGCGGUAUUGUUAACAGGAUACAUUGCUGAACUUUUACCCGGUUUGGAAGGCUUGAAAAUGUCUGGCUACUUAUUGGACGAAAUCAAGGCCGAUGUCGAAGAAGGUUUCAUGCCGUGGUUGAUGAAAGAAGUUAAAAAGGAGAUGGGCAACAUGAUCGAGAGCAGAGAAUUAUUAAUGGAAAUCAUUAAAGAAAUCUUGGAAAACCGCGCGCAGACGUAUAGACAACUCGGUGAAGAAUACGAUAUUUCAAAAGAAAAGAGACCAAUUGAAGUGGAUAAAUUAGAAGAAGAUGAAACUGACAGCAAUUUCGUGAAUUACGAAUCGCCUGCGAUGGAAAAUGAUAACGAGAUUUAACUUGGACCGAGACGAAUCACCUUUAUGGCCACCUCCCCGCAAAGGCGACCAUAACUCAGGAUUGCAGUAAAGGGACGCAGAACAAUGGCAUUGGUUCCCUCUUUACGAAGCAAAAGGAUCCACAUGCAUCUCUCGCUAUCGACGACAAUCCGAACUCGCAUAUACUUCGUCCACACAUUUUUAAAUGU